CGAAAGACCCGCCGCCAUACCGUCGUUUACUUGCUUUGACCCUUCAGAGCGUGCUUAGUAUUUCGCCACGAGAGGUUGAAUUCCUGGCGAGGCUUUGCUAGCCGUUCGACAGGUUGAGCAGGGCGAGCUGUGUAGUAAUCUUUGGUUUGAUUUUUCUGGGAGAAUGGCGUCAAAGUUUUGCAUGAACGAGCACUGCCGCACCACGACGUCGUCUGACUGGAAAAAAGGCUGGGGCUUGAAAUCCGGUGGAUUUGCUACUCUCUGUUACACCUGCGGAUCUGCGUUUGAAAAGAUAGCUUAUUGUGAGACAUUCCACCUGAAUGAAUCUGGUUGGAGGGAAUGCAGAAUGUGUAGAAAGCCUAUUCACUGUGGGUGCAUUGCAUCACAAUAUCUGUUUGAAUACAUGGACUUUGGAGGCAUAGGAUGUUUAAGCUGUACAAGGUGUUUGGGAGGUCACACUUUAAUGCCAAUACAGAUACCUAAUGAGGAUGCUCCUAGUGGCAUCUUGGGUGUGACAAACAGUGCAGAUACACAGCAUAUUCUUUUUGAAAAUAAAAUGGAUCAAAAUAUUUUUGAUAAGAGAAGGCUUCUGCAAUUUGGAAAUGGUGCAGAUGCAAGUGAACCUGUUCACCUUUUUCAAUUUCAAAACCAUGACAAAAUAAGUCAGGAGGAGUCAAUCAUCCCUGCCAUGGAAGUCAGGUUGUGCAUCCCAAAUCACAACCAGCAAUCUCCCAAAUCUUCUUUUGUUGAAAAUCCAGAAAAUUGCAUAUCAAAUAGGACUGUAAAAGAAACUGCCAAAUGUUUUAACCAGCCAUCUCUAAAUUUCUUCAUGAGCACUCCCAUGGGCACUUCGAGCUCGACACUACCUGUUUCUUCUGGGGUUUCUCCAUUUCAACUAGAGCAGAAACCACACCAUAUCUUGACCAAGCCACCCAAAGCUAGUUCAAAUUCCAGGUUUGAAUCAAAAAGUGGAAUAUCUACCCCAAGGCGUUCUGCAAGGCCACUGACUGAAGGGCGUGGCAGUAGGAAUCAGAUGUUGCCACGAUAUUGGCCUAGGAUUACAGACCAAGAGCUGCAGAAGUUAUCUGGAGACUUGAAAUCCACUAUAGUGCCAUUGUUCGAAAAGGUUCUGAGUGCCAGUGAUGCUGGCCGGAUUGGUCGUCUGGUCAUCCCAAAAGCAUGUGCUGAAGCGUAUUUUCCUUAUAUUGAGCAAUCUGAAGGAAUGCCCAUAACGAUGCAAGACGUUAAAGGUAAAGAAUGGACAUUUCAAUUCAGGUUUUGGCCCAAUAACAACAGCAGGAUGUAUGUUCUUGAGGGUGUUACACCCUGUAUACAGAAUAUGCAAUUAGAAGCUGGUGAUACAGGUAUCCCCUGCUCUCUCUUUUUUUUCUUUUCUUCACAUGGAGAUACUUAGAAUUGACUCAAAACACUAACUCCAAAUGAAAUAUUGGGGUGAAUAACUGUUGGGUGUUGUUAUAACCAAGAUAUAUUUCAUCAACAUCUCCAGUGAUCAUGGUGUCAUCUUUACAUUCAACGAGAUGUAUGCUUUUACCAUUGCAAUGUUUGAAAAACACAACAAUCAACCUAGCACCAGGCCACUCCAAAAUUUAGAACUAGUACACUAAAUCUUCCAAUCCAAGCACAAUGAGAGGUUCAAACCAUAGAGGGAGCGUUUCAAUUUACAGACUUCUUCCUCAAGAUUUAUAUGCAAUACAUUUUUAAUGUCCAAUUGAAGCUGUUUUAGCCACCAGGGGGAAAGUGUCAGUAUAGCCAACCCCAACAACCUAGCACGGAAGUGGAGAUUCUUUUCUCUCAUAUCUCCACAAGAAGAUGAAAUAAGGAGUUGGAAGCCACCACUUUCAUUUCUCUUGUCCUCAUUUAUCUUCUAACCAAAUGAUCAAACCCCUAUAUUUAUUUCUCUCCUAUACCCGUGACCCUAACCAUUAAGAGGUAAAAGUAGACAGUGUUAUGCAUAUGGAGUACAAACACUAGUAAAGCAUGCCCAAAUAUUUUGUGAAACACAACAGAGAGAAGUGUGCCUAACAAAACAAUUUGAUUUCU